AUGGAGGACUGUAAGCCCGUAUGCACCCCCGUCGAAUGCGAAAUCAAGUUGUCGAAGAAUGAUGAAGGUGAAAAGGUAAAUCCAACACUUUUUAAGAGUCUUGUUGGGAGUCUAAGAUAUUUGACGUGCACAAGACCAGAUAUCCUUUUUGGAGUUGGGCUCAUUAGUCGCUAUAUGGAGACACCUACCAUGACCCAUAUGAAAACUGCAAAGAGAAUUCUUCGCUACAUCAAAUGUACGCUUGAUUAUGGCUUAGUCUAUUCAUCAUCUAAUGAGUUCAAACUUGUUGGAUAUAGUCACAGCGAUUGGGGCAGAGAUAGUGAUGAUAGAAAGAGUACGACUGGGUACGUGUUUUACUUGGGCGACACAGCUUUCACUUGGAGCUCAAAGAAGCAAUCGAUCGUAACACUAUCUACAUGUGAAGCUGAAUAUGUUGCACCUACAUCAAGUGUUUGCCAUGCGAUUUGGCUUAGAAACUUGUUGAAGACGCUUGGAGUAUCACAAAAAGAGCCAAUCGAACAAAUCGGCAUUAGCAAUGGCAAAGAACCCAGUAUUCCAUGA